AUGGCAGAAUCAGAUCUUGCCCCAAAGUUCGCCCCCUUCUUUGGAAUGGCUGGUAUCGCCUUUGCGAUGACUUUCGGAUGUAUCGGUGCCGCAUAUGGCACGGCUAAGUCUGGUAUCGGAAUCGCAGGUGUUGGUACUUUCAGACCUGACUUGAUCAUGAAGUCACUUAUACCUGUGGUCAUGUCUGGUAUCAUUGCGGUCUACUCUCUCGUUAUCGCCGUCCUUAUAGCUGGAGAUAUGGGACCUCCUCCUGGCCAGAGUUACAGUUUAUUCAAUGGAUUCAUGCAUUUGGCAUGUGGUUUGUCAGUUGGAUUAACGGGCCUGGCCGCUGGUUAUGCAAUUGGUGUAGUUGGUGAUAUGGGCGUUCGAUCAUACAUGCAACAGUCGCGAAUCUUUGUUGGAAUGGUCUUGAUAUUGAUUUUCGGCGAGGUCCUGGGACUAUACGGCUUGAUUGUCGCACUCAUUCUCAAUACCAAGAGCAGGGGUUAG